AAUUCUUUCGUUUCAGCAAUAGUUGAAGUUUACAAGAAUGAGGGUAACGACGUUUACAUAAAAGAAGAUUUUUUCAACGCCAUUUACUUUUACACGGAAGGAAUUAAAGUGAAAUGCGGAAACAAAGAAUUGAAGGCCAAACUGUACAACGACAGGGCGACAGUACAUUUCAAAUUAGGUGAGAAUUUAGCCCACGUAUUUCAACAUUCUUUUUGUUUUUUCACUUGGCAGUCGGCCCCACAGAUUUCUUGAGGUAGUUAAUGAACACACGUCUGUGUCUAGAAGAUGUCCACGGAACUUCAGCCAAUUUCCUUUGUUUUCUCCAUCACCGACACCUAUAAUCAUUUCUGGGCCUAACAUCUCUACUGUUUCUUAAUUUUCCACCGCUGACCUCAGAUACUCAAAUCGACUUCGUAAUACUCAAAGCAAUAUAAUUUACACUCGGGGAAGCUGAUUAUUUGAUUUUUGGAAACAAAUUUUUAGAAAAGUAUAGCUACCUGUUUGUAUAUUGACCUAAAAGGAAAGUGUGAGUUCCGCAUUCCGAAAUACUAUAUUAUAUUUCUUAUUUUAUAAAGUAGUACUUAGUUGACCCAUACAUUUUAGAAUUUAACUGUAUUCGGGUCUUUUCUGUAACUCAGAGAGUCAGCCAUGUAACACGAUUAACGAGCUACGCCCUUGUUUCUUUCUUUACGUUUUGUUUUGGUAACUACGGUUUGCCAAUAAAAUUAUACGUUUCUCUUUAAAAGGCAAUUACCAGGAUUCACUGAGAGAUGCAACAACCGCCCAUCAACUACAGCCAAAAUAUCUGGAGCCAAUUGUUAGAGGUAAUUUUUUU